AUGUAACAGGUCAUGUGGCAGCCUCCUAGGGACACGCGUGGAGUCUGGAGCGGGACACGCGUGUGCACCUGGGCCAUACAUGUGGCACAGGGGUCAGUGGGUGAGAAAGACGUAGACACGAGUGGGGUGGGGCACGUGAGGGUCUGGAGAAUAGAACCAGGGGUUCCAUGCGCCCUCCCCCUUGUCUGGGGCGGGUCUUAGGUUGGCGGGAGAGCUCAGCGGAGACCUAGUGACGAGGGAGGCUGGCAGCCUCCGGGGCUCAGGGCCCUGGGAGAGGGCGGGGGGUGGGGGGGAUUAGCGUUGCCUGAGCAGCGCGCAGGGGGUAGGAGGAGGGAUUGAGAGGCGGGCGGGCCUGGAGCAAGCAGGAGCCGCGCUGCCUUCACAGCUGAGCAGGGCCCAGCCUCUCCUCUGCCUCUCCUCGGUCUCAGCUCCAGGCGAGCAGCGGCCUGUCUGAAGAGCAUGCAGCCCCCUCACUCCCCGCCUGGCCUCGCCAUCCCUGCCCCCCCAGCCUGACCCCCCGGCCCCAGCAUGGCCCAGGGUGCCAUGCGCUUCUGCUCGGAAGGCGACUGUGCCAUUUCCCCACCACGAUGCCCACGCCGCUGGCUUCCCGAAGGUCCGGUGCCCCAGAGCCCCCCAGCCAGCAUGUAUGGCAGCACAGGCUCUUUGCUACGACGAGUGGCAGGUCCAGGUCCCCGAGGCCGGGAACUGGGACGUGUGACAGCACCUUGUACACCUCUGCGUGGCCCCCCCUCACCCUGCAUUGCUCCUUCACCCUGGGCACCCUCUUCACCCACUGGGCAGCCCCCACCAGGGGCCCAGAGCUCCGUGGUCAUCUUCCGCUUUGUGGAGAAGGCCAGCGUGAGGCCACUGAAUGGGCUACCUGCUCCCGGAGGCUUGAGUCGGAGCUGGGAUCUGGGUGGGGUUUCUCCUCCUAGGCCCGCCCCAGCCCUUGGGCCUGUCUCCAAUCGCAAGUUACGGCUGGAGGCAUCCACGUCAGACCCACUCCCAGCCAGAGGAGGCUCAGCCCUUCCUUGCGGCCGGGACCCUUUACAUGGGCCACCAGUUCCACCCCAGGUUGGGACAGAUGGCCUUUAUUCCUCUCUCCCCAAUGGGCUGGGGGGGCCCCCUGAGCACCUGGCCACGCUAUUCCGAGGACCUGCUGACACUGGAUUACUGAACCAGGGAGACACCUGGUCCUCCCCCCGGGAAGUUUCCUCUCAUGCCCAGAGAAUUGCUCGAGCCAAAUGGGAAUUCUUCUAUGGCUCCUUGGACCCCCCCAGCUCAGGUGCUAAGCCCCCAGAGCGGGCUCCCCCAUCUCCUCCUGGGGUGGGCUCAGGGCAGGGCUCUGGGGUGGCUGUGGGGCGAGCAGCCAAGUACUCCGAGACGGACCUGGACACGGUGCCCCUGAGGUGCUACCGCGAGACUGACAUCGAUGAGGUGCUGGCUGAGCGGGAGGAGGCUGACUCGGCCAUCGAGAGCCAGCCCAGCUCUGAGGGCCUGCCUGGCACUGCCCGCCCACCUGCCCCCCGGCCCGGCCCAGGCCCUGGCCCUCGUUCCAGCCUGGGCAGUGGCAAUGAAGAUGAGGAUGAGGCAGGCGGGGAAGAGGAUGUGGACGAUGAGGUGUUUGAGGCCUCAGAGGGGGCCCGGCCAGGGAGCCGGCUGCCUCACACCGGGCCUCUCAAAUCUCCUGUGCCCUUUCUACCUGGGACCAGCCCCUCGGCCGACGGGCCUGACUCUUUCAGUUGUGUGUUCGAAGCCAUCCUGGAGUCACACCGGGCCAAGGGCACCUCCUACACCAGCCUCGCCUCGCUGGAGGCCCUGGCCUCACCUGGCCCAACCCAGAGCCCCUUCUUCACCUUUGAGCUGCCUCCCCAACCCCCGACCCUGCGGCCUGACCCACCUGCGCCUGCCCCGCUUGCCCCUCUGGAACUGGACUCUGGUACCAGCUCCGCUGCUGAUGGUCCUUGGACACAGAGAGGGGAGGAGGAAGAGGCAGAGGCCAGAGCCAAACUGGCCCCAGAGAGGGAGCCCCCUAGUCCCUGCCAUUCAGAUGACAGCCUUGGGCUGGGGGCGGCACCCCUUGGCAGCGAACUACCCCUGAGCCAGCUGGUAUCUGACUCGGAUUCAGAACUGGACAGCACAGAGCGGCUGGCCCUGGGAAGCACGGACACCUUGUCCAACGGGCAGAAAGCGGAUCUGGAGGCCGCACAGCGCCUGGCCAAGAGGCUGUACCGACUAGAUGGCUUCAGGAAGGCCGAUGUGGCCAGGCACCUGGGCAAGAACAAUGACUUCAGCAAACUGGUGGCUGGGGAGUACCUCAAGUUCUUUGUCUUCACGGGCAUGACUCUGGACCAAGCUCUCAGGGUGUUUCUGAAGGAGCUGGCCUUAAUGGGUGAGACCCAGGAACGGGAGCGUGUGCUGGCCCACUUCUCUCAGCGAUACUUCCAGUGCAAUCCUGAAGCCCUGUCCUCAGAGGAUGGUGCCCACACGCUGACCUGCGCUCUCAUGCUACUCAACACGGAUCUCCAUGGCCACAACAUCGGGAAGCGCAUGACCUGCGGGGACUUCAUCGGGAACCUGGAGGGCCUCAACGAUGGCGGAGACUUCCCCAGGGAGCUGCUCAAGGCCUUGUACAGCUCCAUCAAGAAUGAGAAGUUGCAGUGGGCCAUAGACGAGGAGGAGCUGAGACGCUCUCUGUCUGAGUUGGCCGACCCCAACCCCAAGGUCAUCAAGCGGGUCAGCGGGGGCAGUGGCAGCGGCUCCAGCCCUUUCCUGGACCUGACUCCGGAGCCUGGGGCCGCCGUCUACAAGCACGGGGCCCUGGUGCGAAAGGUGCACGCAGACCCCGACUGCAGGAAGACACCUCGGGGCAAGCGGGGCUGGAAGAGCUUCCACGGAAUCCUCAAGGGCAUGAUCCUCUACUUGCAGAAGGAGGAGUACCAGCCAGGGAAGGCCCUUUCGGAGGCAGAGCUCAAGAAUGCCAUCAGCAUCCACCACGCCCUGGCCACCCGAGCCAGCGACUACAGCAAGAGGCCCCAUGUCUUCUACCUGCGCACAGCUGACUGGCGGGUCUUCCUCUUCCAGGCCCCGAGCCUGGAGCAGAUGCAGUCCUGGAUCACUCGCAUCAAUGUGGUGGCUGCCAUGUUCUCUGCACCCCCCUUCCCAGCUGCUGUUAGUUCCCAGAAGAAGUUCAGCCGCCCUCUCCUGCCCAGCGCUGCCACCCGCCUCUCCCAGGAGGAGCAGGUGCGGACCCACGAGGCCAAGCUGAAGGCCAUGGCAAGUGAGCUGCGGGAGCACCGGGCUGCCCACCUGAGCAAGAAGGCCCGGGGCAAGGAGGCUGAUGAGCAGCGGCAGAAGGAGGCCUACCUGGAGUUUGAGAAAUCCCGCUAUGGCACGUACGCGGCGCUGCUGCGGGUCAAGCUGAAGGCGGGCAGCGAAGAGCUGGACGCCGUUGAGGCAGCACUGGCCCAGGCCGGGAGCGUGGAGGACGGACUCCCCCCAUCUCACUCCAGUCCCUCCCUGCAGCCCAACCCCUCCAGCCAGCCCCGGGCUCGUCACGGCUCAGAGUCUCGGGCAGGGACAGGCAGUGGGCGAAGGAAGCCCUGAGGUGGGGGUGGAGGUGGGCACCGGCAGGAUGACACGGCCCUGCCUGAGCCCGGGCCGGCCUCGGGCCACCCAUGAGGGCCUUGUGGCCCAGGGCCCGACCGCGCCGGACGCGGUGUCCGGGGCAGGGCAGGGCUGGGGCAUGGGCCUCAGGAGCCUACACUGAGGGCCCCUCGGAGACCCCCUUUUUGUGAUAAUGUUUUGCACUUUUUCGUACUGGGGGGGCGGGGGUGGGGGCAGGAGGGGCCAGUGCCCCUGAACUUUUGAUGCUUCUUUUUGCGUGGGGGAGGCCUGACAACGUUUCCGCUUUCUGCUGAGACCACCCCCACCCUGACACCAGCAAUCCCCCUUCGUCCUGGGGCCUGGCUCAGACAGAGGCCAGGAGUUGGGGCUGAGCUGGUUUUCCCUCCUUCCUCCCCAAGGGCUCACCCUCUCUCCUUCCAGAGGUGGAGGAAGGGCAUCCACGUCAAGGCCUGGUACGUGGGCCAGGGACAGUGCGGCCUUGCCUUCCCUCCUCAGUGGGCCCUGCCCUCUGUACAGCCUCCGCCCCAUUAAACUGCUCUGGACUUGC